AUGGGUGAGCGCCCAAAAAGCGGCAUGUCCAUAGGCUCAGGGACUGGCGAAUCCAUCUUUCGAGCUCUCUCGCGCACAUUCUCCGGCAAAUCGCAUCACGAAGAUGAUAUCCAGCAAACGUUAGAUGAAGGAGAUGACGAAUCCACUAAGACGAAAGUGAAUGAAUGGAGGCUGGCUUCGCAAGUCAAAGAGAUGCAAGGCAACGACGUUGCUGAGGGGCGCAAGCUUGGUAUCACGUGGAAAGAUCUCACCGUUGAGGUGAUGCCGUCUGAUGCCCGUCUGCAAGAAAACUUCUUCUCCCAGUUCAACAUCCCUCAACAAAUUAGGGAAUCACGACAGAAGCCAAAACUGAGGACUAUUUUGGACUCCAGUUCAGGACAUGUCAAGCCCGGGGAGAUGCUUCUUGUUCUUGGUAAACCCGGGAGAUAUACAAAAAUCGAGGGCGAUGUUCACUACGGCACGCUUACCCCAGAGGAAGCCGGACAGUACCGUGGGAAUAUCGUGAUCAACACUGAAGAAGAACUCUUCUAUCCGACCCUUACGGUGGGUAGGACCAUGGACUUUGCAACCCGCCUCAACAUACCUCAGACGCUACCCAAGGGCUGUUCGAGCCCUGAAGAAUAUCGACAACAAUUCAAAGAGUUCCUCCUCGAGUCCAUGGGCAUAGCUCAUACAGAAGAUACAAAGGUUGGCGAUGCCUUUGUACGCGGUGUAUCUGGUGGAGAGCGAAAGCGGGUCUCCAUCAUCGAGGCGCUCAGCACUAAAGCUAGCGUCAUGUGCUGGGACAACUCUACCCGAGGUCUCGACGCUUCCACAGCCCUCGAAUACACGCAUGCUUUGCGAUGUCUGACCGAUGCAAUGGGCAUAGCUACCAUCGUCACACUCUAUCAAGCAGGCAAUGGCAUCUUCGAUCUGUUCGACAAGGUCCUCGUGCUCGACGAGGGCAAGACUGUCUUCUAUGGAUCGCGAGAAGAGGCACGACCAUUCAUGGAAUCGCAGGGGUUCGUAUGCGGCAGUGGAGCAAAUGUUGCCGACUUUCUUACCGGAGUGACUGUGCCUAGCGAGCGGCAGAUCAAGCCCGGAUUCGAGGCACGCUUUCCACGUAACAAUACCGAGCUGCGACAAGCUUAUCAACAGUCUAGCAUCAAGCCCAUCAUGGACCGCGAGCUCGAUUAUCCCACGACAGAAGAAGCCAAAGUCAAUACUGGGAUGUUCCAGCAGGCCGUUUCUAUGGAUAAGUCGGAUCACCUUCCGAACAACUCCCCGAUGACUGUUUCGUUCCGGAAACAAGUCGCAGUGUGUGUUACCCGUCAAUACCAGAUUAUUUGGGGAGACAAGCCUACAUUUGCCAUCAAACAGGGAUCUACCAUCGUGCAAGCCCUCAUCGCUGGAUCAUUGUUCUACAACGCGCCCGAUAACUCGGCUGGCCUUUUCGUCAAGGGUGGUGCACUCUUUCUCAUUCUGCUUUUCAAUGCUUUAUUGGCAAUGUCUGAGGUUACAGACUCCUACGCUGGACGUCCUAUUCUCGCCAAACACAAGAACUUUGCUUUUUACCACCCAGCUGCCUUUUGCUUUGCGCAAAUUGCGGCCGACGUACCCAUCUUAUUCUUCCAGGUCACCACAUUUGUCGUUGUCAUCUACUGGAUGACUGCACUGAAGGCAACCGCUGCAGCGUUCUUUACGAACUGGUUUAUCACAUACGUGGCAACCUUUGUCAUGACAGCCUUUUUCAGGAUGAUCGGCGCUGCAUUUCCAAACUUCGAUGCCGCGUCAAAGGUAUCUGGCUUCUCAGUCACGGCUCUUGUUCUGUACAUUGGUUACCAGAUCCCUAAACCCGCCAUGCAUCCAUGGUUCGCCUGGAUAUACUGGAUUAAUCCGCUGGCUUACGGUUUUGAAGCGCUCAUGGCAAACGAAUUCAAAGACCGCAUCAUACCGUGCGCUUUCAACAACUUAGUUCCCAACUUUCUUCCUCAAUAUCUCGAUAAGAACCACCAGGCCUGCGCAGGAAUCGCAGGAGCACUCCCAGGCGCCACGGAGGUGACCGGAGAACAGUACCUUGCAAGCCUGUCGUACUCGCCAUCGAAUGUAUGGCGCAAUGUUGGCAUACUAUUCGCUUGGUGGGUGCUGUUUGUCGCUUUGACUGUUGUGUUUACGAUGGGGUGGAACGAUACCGCAGGUUCUGGAGGGGCGUUGUUGAUACCGCGGGAGAAUCAGAAGAAGGUCACUCAUCUAGCAAUACCAGCAGAUGUGGAAGCUCAGAAUAACGAAAAGGAAUCAGCUGCCAAUAAGGAACCUGAGAGUACAGAUGCAUCGGGACAUGAGGCGGAGACCAGUUUGAUUCGCAAUACGUCCAUAUUCACGUGGAGGAACCUCUCAUACGUUGUCAAGACCCCAACAGGAGACAGGACACUGCUCGACAACGUACACGGCUACUGUAAGCCUGGCAUGCUUGGAGCGCUAAUGGGCGCAUCAGGUGCCGGAAAAACUACGCUUCUCGACGUGCUUGCGCAACGCAAAACCGAAGGAACCAUUCGAGGAGAGAUCCUGGUUGAUGGUCGUCCACUCCCAGUCUCGUUUCAGAGAUCUGCAGGCUACUGCGAGCAGCUCGAUGUUCACGAACCCUUCUGCACUGUUCGAGAGGCUCUUGAAUUCUCCGCGCUUCUACGUCAAAGUCGCGAGACCCCUCGCGCGGAGAAGCUGGCCUACGUUGACACCAUUAUCGAUCUUCUGGAACUGCAUGAUCUUGAGCAUACUUUGAUUGGAAGAUUGGGUGCGGGUCUCUCAGUAGAGCAACGUAAGCGUGUGACUAUCGGAGUAGAGCUUGUGUCCAAGCCAUCCAUUCUCAUCUUCCUGGAUGAACCAACUUCUGGGCUGGAUGGUCAAGCAGCUUACAAUACUGUCCGAUUUCUCCGAAAACUGGCUGAUGUUGGCCAAGCCGUCCUACUCUUCACCCAAUUCGAUACACUUCUUCUCUUAGCCCGCGGUGGCAAGACAGUUUACUUUGGUGAUAUCGGUGAUGACGCGAACGUCAUUCGAGAGUACUUCGGACGCUACGGUGCGCCAUGCCCGACAAGCGUCAACCCUGCAGAGCACAUGAUUGACGUCGUCCACGGAAAACACUCGAGUGGCAAGGACUGGAACCAAAUCUGGCUAGAAUCCCCGGAAUCAGCUCGAAUGCAUCAGGAGCUCGACAACAUGAUCCAGGAUGCUGCAAACAAGCCACCUGGCACGACUGAUGAUGGCCACGAGUUUGCCACGAGCCUCUGGACGCAGGUGAAGAUUGUCAGUGAAAGGAGCAAUAAGAAUUUAUUCCGCAACGUCGACUAUAUCAACAACAAGUUCGCACUACACAUUGGCGUCGCUCUAGUCGUAGGCUUCUCCUUCUGGAAGAUCGGACACUCCGUCGCUGAACAACAAAUCAUUCUGUUCGCGUUGUUCAACUACAUCUUCGUGGCUCCAGGCGCGAUCGCACAGCUGCAACCCCUCUUCAUCGAGCGUCGUGACGUCUACGAAACACGCGAGAAGAAGUCGAAGAUGUACUCAUGGAUUGCGUUCGUAACAGGCCUGAUUAUCUCCGAGAUUCCCUAUCUCAUCGCCAACGCCAUCCUCUACUUCUUGUGCUUUUACUAUACCACUGGUCUACCCACUCCAUCUGACAAGGCGGGCGCAAUCUUCUUCGUCAUGCUCAUGUAUCAGUUCAUCUAUACUGGUAUUGGACAAUUGAUCGCUGCGUAUGCGCCGAAUGCUGUCUUUGCAUCCCUGGUCAAUCCACUACUCUUCGGAACACUCAUCUCCUUUUGCGGUGUUCUGGUUCCUUAUUCUCAAAUCCAGCCAUUUUGGCGCUACUGGAUGUACUACCUCAAUCCUUUCAAUUACCUAAUGGGCUCAUUGCUAGUCUUCUCUGACUGGGAUUGGAACAUUCAGUGCACAGAUCGCGAAUUCUCGAUAUUCGACCCACCUUCUGGCCAGACGUGCGCCGAGUACCUAGAGGCAUGGCUGGGUGGUCCUGGUAGCGGAAAUAACCUGAUCAACCCCGACGCGACGGCCGCUUGCAGAGUAUGUCAGUAUACGCGGGGUAGUGACUAUUUGCGCACUAUCAACCUCAACGAGUACUCGUAUGGAUGGAGAGACGCUGGCAUCUGCGUCAUCUUCGCGAUCUCGAGCUAUGCUUUGGUGUAUGUACUCUUCAAGCUGAGAACCAAGGCUAGCAAGAAGGCAGAGUGA